UAUCGCGCAGAGAUAACUCCGUCUUAACCAGGUUCUCCGUGUGCGAUUCACACGCAUCCAGCUCUCUAUCUACUCCUUUUACAACCUUCGAUCCCUGGCAUUUACAUAAUUUCAAGUAAGUCCUAUAAUGCUGGUACCUGAAGCGCGUGCGGUCAGUGUCGGUCCCGGCUGCUCGCCAUCAUGACCUGCUGUGACCAAAAAUGCGCUCUCAUCGCUGGAGCUGUGGUGGGCGCUCUGAUCGCGGUCCUGGGGGGCAUUCUCAUCCCUGUGGGCAACCUAAUCAUUGACAACACCGUGAAAAAGGAAGCAGUGUUGGAAAAUGGGACUUUAGCAUUUGACACCUGGACAUCUGUGGACACAGCAAUAUACAGGCAGUUCUGGCUAUAUGAUGUGCAAAACCCUGAUGAUGUCAUGAAUCAAGGGGCCAAACCUGUGCUGGUGCAGAAAGGACCUUAUACAUACAAGUCCCGAUUUAUCCCCAAAGCAAACAUCACCUUCUACGAUAACUUCACAGCGUCCUUUAUACUACCAGCAGGAGCCAUUUUUGAGCCUAGCAUGUCUGCAGGGCCCGAGGAUGACAAUAUUACGUCGCUCAAUCUAGCCGUAGCAGGUGUCUACAGUUUUCUCGAUCAUAAAUGGGCAAAUUGGUUAAUCAACAGCUCCAAUUCCAAACUCUUCCAAAAAAGGACCGUUAAGGAACUGCUAUGGGGCUACAGAGACCCCAUGUUGAAAACCACUAUGGGAGUUUUUUAUCCAUACAAUGGCACCAUCGAUGGACCUUACACUGUUUUCACUGGUAAAGAUGAUAUUACUAAGGUAGCCACGAUUGACCGAUGGCAGUAUGAGCGAUCUGUGAGUUACUGGAACGACACUUAUUGCAACAUGAUCAACGGAACAGAUGGUUCCUCCUUUGCUCCAUCCAUAGACAAGAAAAAACCUUUGUACUUCUUCUCCCCAGACAUCUGCAGGUCGAUAUCUGCAGUGUACGACAGCACUGUGGACCUAAAGGGAAUUGAUGUGUAUCGCUUCAUGCUGCCUUCUGAGGCUCUGGAAGCUCCAGCCGUUAACCCAGAUAACCACUGCUUCUGCACAGAGACUGUGGUCAGCAAAGACUGCACUUUAGCGGGACUGCUUGACCUCACUUCCUGUCGAGGAAUCCCUGUAUACAUUUCUCUACCCCACUUCUUGUAUGGAAGUGAAGUUCUCUUGCAGGGGAUAGAAGGAUUAAACCCAAACGUUGAUGAGCACUCCAUAUUUCUGGACGUAGAACCGAUAACAGGAUUCACUCUGAGAUUUGCCAAAAGGCUUCAACUCAACAUGAUGUACGGCCCAUCGAACAGCAUUGAGAUUCUGAGCAAAAUCAAGGACUUCACAAUUUUCCCUAUUUUGUGGGUGAACGAGACGGCGGCUCUGGACGAUGAAACGGCAGACCUGUUUAAGCGAGAGCUGAUCUCCCGGAUCGAGUUGUUAGAAGGGAUUCAGAUCGGAUUGAUAUCGGCAGGCACGGCCGUAUUUUUAAUCUGUUCGAUUGCAGCGAUUGUAGUGAUGAAGAAAAGGGGGAAGAAAUAUACAAUUCAGGGUUAACUGAAGUGCUUGGUGCUUCAUUUCUUUGAUUUUAUAUUACAAUCUUACACACGUUUUUGGUAAUAAAUUGUUAACUAUUAUUUGAGCAUUUUUAUUUAUGUAAUUUAUAUACUCUUUUGUGGA